AUUGUAUCUAGAGGUCUCGCACACAUUUUGGCCUAUCUUGAUCGAAAUGAACCGGAAGCAAUACAAACUCCGCCUCCCUUGCCAAAGAGAACUCGCCAAACUCAAUAUCAUUACUUCCAGGAACAGGAGUCUUUUUUGCCAAACAAAGAUGAUAUGCUUCAACCCCCUUCUUCCACAUCACAUCAAGAAGAAGAUGAGAACAUCAAAAGUAUAAAAUUGAAUGAAGAUGAUCCCUAUGAUACAGAAGAUGUUUUCGAGGAAGACUACUCAACUCAUGAAUAUGAGCAAAUGACGGAAUCAACCCCAUGUCGAAUGUCACGUUCUCACUCAUCUUUUCAUUUUUCGCAGACAGGGUCAAGGCCUAGCUCAGCAAUGGCUACUAUUUCCUCAAAGUUCUCCCGUGCUUCAUCUAAUCCUGAAUGGAGCGAAUCGGACUUCUCAAAUAGGCACCCAUUCAGGAGGAUGCAUAGCCAGCCAGACUUCUACGAGCACGUUGCUAUGACAACGGAAAGUAGUCACAGCUACUCACCUUCAUUGACCUCCCUUUCAGACAACUAUAAUGCCAACCAGGCCAAUGUAAAUCUUGUACGGAGCCAAUCCCAUAGCUCCUGGCGUUUACAAAAGGACAGUCGCCAAAAUAGCCUCCACUCCUCCUAUCGAAACAACUUACACAUGACAGAGAAAAUAAUAAUGGAGCGUCGCAGACUCACAUCAGAAAACCAUGACAGACCCAUGCCCCCGCCCCGCAAUAACUUUUCAGUCUCCAUUAACAUGAGGAAAAGUAAGCUUUACGUCCGUCGAACAACACCAUCUCCUCCUCCAAGACGUUCUAGAUUAUCAUUCCAAGGCGGUGGAUCGAUAAGCUCGGAGGAGAACGUACAUACACCAUCUCCGCCUCCACCUUCUAUUCCAGUCAGACAGAUACCCCCUCUUAUGCCUCGAAGAGCAGUAGAUACUCGACAGACCGAGGGAAACAGACCAUCUCUUAGAUCUCAGAGGUCAUUUUCCCCUUCAACUUUAAGGUCGGACGAAGAUUUGCAGCGAGAAAAGUCCAAAGUCUGGCGAGCAGAGGAUACGAAGCUUCCCACUCUUCAGCGUCAGAAAACUAGAGUAUCCAUUAGAUAUAUGGCAGGAGACUCCGAGGAUGAAAUUUCAACGGACUCCUCCUGUGAAGACCUCCCUGUCCCACAUCUCCGAGGUCAUACCGCUUCUCCAUACACCGCCUUUCCCAAUUCCAUGCCUGCUGGUGCUCCUACACAGUUAAAUCAACGACCUGGUCAGCCUGUUUCGCCUCCAGCUGCCACGAUAUCCAAUCGACAACAGCAUAGAUAUUUGAAGAAUGGGAAAGGACAGGCGGGAGCUUAUUCUAAAGUGGGUGAAAAUUUUCGGAACCUCUUUGUAAAAUGA